ACACAGGGCCUCCACCAUGCUGAGGCUGGAAGCAGAGGGGAUGGAGGAGCUGUGGGUAACCGGGGACCCCAACAUUCCUCUUGCUCCCCAACUGGCAGUUGGUUCCUGAGUGCUACAAGAAGACAUCUUGGGAUAAGAAAACCAGGGACCAGACCACAAGGUUUUAUCCAAGGCCACACCGCUCUGACCCUGACACAUCUGCUCAUCCCAUUGUGGAUGUGAUGGAUGCUAGGCUCCUGCCGGCCCAAGACCAAUCGUGUUCCUCAUCCUGAAUCCACAGGCGAAAUCGCGGGAGCUGGUGGGGCAAGUAUCAUGUCUGCAGUGGCUGACAGGGCCAUAGUAAAGAAGGAACGGCUGUGUGACGUGGUUGGGAGAGAUCCGUACAGGGUCAACAACAAGCACGAUGACAAGUACAACCCAUUCCCUCCAAGCAAAAUCGUCCAGUGGGCGGAGGAGUUGGUGGGCCAGGAGUUCUGCUACAGUCUGACCAGCAACAACUGCGAGCAUUUCGUCAAUAAGCUGCGCUACGGGGUCUCCCGCAGCGACCAGGUCAGAGAUGCUCUCACAGCAGCUACCAUCUCGGGAGUGGGCCUGAUAGCCCUAUCUGCUGGAGUCAUGUUCUCAAGAAACAAGAAGCAACAUCAAUGACCUGAAGGGAGUGUCUUGUCAGCAGUGACAUUAUACAUUGAGGGGAGUCUUGUUUCGCUAGACAGUUUUGAGAGAGUUAACAGGCAGGUUGAUAGGGAGUCCAAGGUCUCUUUAAGGAGGAAGUGAACUUUCUUUCUUUUUCAUAUUCUUUUGCCUUAGUCUCGUAGGCUCUGUAAGCUAUAAUAUAUCUUUCCAAGGACGUGCUUAUUUUAAAAGCUCUGUGUUAAUUUUGCAUCAGUCUAUUGCAUUUGAAAACUGGCCUUUUAAGCAUAAUAUACCUUACUCCUGGGUAUGCUUUUCUCAGACUCUAUGUUAGUCAUUAUAUGUCUCUAUGUUAGUCAUUAUAACUGUAACAAAUGUUGCCUGGAAGCCUGUUUCCUCACUGCCUACACAGCCAUAACACAUCUCCCCCAGGGACAGAGUGCUUGAAACCCAUUCUUCCAGACUAGUCUUGGGCCAAUGCUAUCUCAAGAUGUAUGCUGUGGAGAGGGUCUGGAUAAAACUUUCUCAGUCUUGAGGCAUUCUUUUUAUCUAGUCUCAGCAACCAGUUGAAAAGUAUAUAAUGCCCUGCUUAAACUAGUGAGGUGGGUGCUCUUUCUACCCCCUUUUGAUACCUAUGUCAGAAGCUUUCUCUGUCCUUUUACUUUAAAUAAAUAUCUUGGCUGCACAAAGCUCUGAGUGACUGAGACUGCAUCUUUGGUCCUAGAGUUAAAUCUCCUUUGGAGACCACAAAUUCGACAGCAAACACCAUAAGCUAUCAGUUUCUGGUUUGGUUUGUGGAUUUCAUUUUUUCUUACAAUAAUAAAAGUUCAGUUCAGUUCAGUCA